AUGGAGUUCCACUACUCUGAUGAGAUUGACCCAAUGUUCUAUGAGACUGAUGGCCUCGCCCACGGCAUUCCUCUUCGUAUCCAUCGGGAUCCCUAUAAAGAGAUCAACGGCGCGCUCCGCGCCCAGAAUGACUGGAGCAGGCACGUACGUCCGGUGCACGGCUACAAGGGUGGCCUAGGCUACCCUUAUAGUUUCAUUCGCGUAACUGUCCCAGAAUGCCUCCCUGAGAGACUAGAGAUCAUCUCGUAUGCCAAUGAGUUCGCAUUCCUCUAUGACGAUGCCAUGGAAAAGCUUGACCUAAAGGGAUAUAAAGAUGGGCAACAUCAUGAUAUGCUGGAUGCUUUUGAUGACGACAAAGCAUUGAAUCAAGAAGCCAGAUCCAACGAUGGGCAGGAGAAGAAGCUCCAAGCCCAGAUUUUGGCAAAUAUGGUUGCCAUAGAUGCCCCACGCGCCAUCACAGCUAUGAAGGCAUGGUCCAAAUUCGUUCAACUCGCUGCUCGAACAAGGUCGCGGCCAUUUGAUACUUUAGAGGAGUAUAUUCCUAGCCGAGUAAUCGAUGCUGGUGAGCUAAUCUGGUUCGGGACAUUGACCUUUGGUAUGGCCCUUACUAUCCCGGAUGACGAAUUAGAACUCUGUAUGGAACUGGCCAGGCCAGGAUACGCCGCUCUUGGUCUCACAAACGACCUAUACUCUUGGAGAAAGGAGCGUGAUGAAGCUGUAGCAGAUGGCCUAGACUAUGUCUUCAACGCGGUCUGGGUCAUCAUGCAGGAGCGAUCUCUGAGCGAAGAGGAAGCGAUGGUCGCAUGCGCCGAGGAGAUCAGAAAGCAAAUAGCCAAGUAUAACAUCAUCGUCGAAAAAGCGAAGCAGGAUCCUAGCCUCUCUAGAGAUACUCGCGCAUAUCUAGAGGCAGUGAGAUUCAGCCAUACUGGGAAUCUCGUCUGGAGUAUUUACUGCCCAAGAUAUCACGAUUAUUGA